AUGAAUGGAAAGAACGGAAUAGUGAUUCAGAUUGACGUUAUGAAAUCUGUAGAGAUAGAUCUAAAAAAGAAAACUAAGGAAAGCAAAAGGCCAAAGAGAAUAGAUGAAUACGACUAUAACGAUCCAUUUAUAGAGCCAUUUGAAGGAGAAACACAGGCUGUGAUGGUUGAGUGUAAUUUGAAUGACUUUUUUGUUUAUCGUGGAGAGUUACCUUACAGUGCAAAAAAGGUUCUAAGUGUAUGGGAAUCAAGAUCAUUACGAGAGCAGCUAAAGAAUGAUAAGAAGGACAAAAAUGAUAACGUGCAAAUAGAAGCAACCAAAAAGAGUGAUUUAAAACACAGCAAUGAAGUUGUUAAUAAUAUAAGUGAUAAAGAGAUAAAAAAACUAAAUACAGCAGGUGAAAAAAAGUAUAGAAGAAAUGCCAAGACUGAAAAGCGAACUACUGAGUAUAUUUUAAGUCUUUUUAAACAUAAAAUUGAUGAAUAUAAAAAAGAGCAGUCUGAAGAUAUUGAAUUUGAGUCAUUCAUGUACAUGCUGAUGCUUAAAUCGUUUGAGAAGGAACGGAGUAUUGAUAUAGAUGCAGCAAGUGUAAAUGUGAUAGAUUCUGAGAACAGAUGGAAUGAAUACAUAAGCCUAUACUUAGACAAGAUUCGUGAGAGUGCUCAUAAAAUCAUUAAUGAAAUACAUACUGACAUUCAGGAUCCGAAAUAUUAUCCAGAAACACCCUCUCAGUUCAAAGGGUUUGGAAACAAGAAGUUUCUGCACAAUCUUUGCGAGUACCAUCUAUUGUUUGUGAAGAUGGCGUUUAUUGAAGAUAGAUCACAAUUAUUCAGUGUUGUGGUACAGAAAGCACACUUCAAUAUCCGAGACUUAUUUGAAGACUCGUGCAAAAAUGCAGGCCAAACACAAUCAUACAUGAUUAGAUAUAUUUCUCAUGACUUAGACGUGAAAAAUAUUUUUGAUGAUAAGGCAAAUGAAAAGGAAUCCGAGGAUGAAUGA